AAUCUAGCGGCUUCGGUGUGGGUUGACGGGAUCGAAUCUCGGAACGGCUGGCAGAACAGGAAAAUUAAUUUCGGUGCGAAAAGCGAAAAUCAUCAACGAAAAUCAACACAACACUCUGGGCAGCACAUCAUCCGAGAGGGGAUUACGCUGCAAGAAUGUCGAUAUCGAAUGGAAAAACAUCCUCUGACAUUGAGAAUGCCGAAUGGAACUCGACCGGGAUGCUGACCCAUACCAGGUACGGUUCCAGCAGCAGCCAAGCAUCGCAGAGCAGUGGUGACAUCUGCCGGAUCUGUCACUGUGAAUCGGACACGCACAAUCCACUACUGACGCCCUGCUACUGCUCCGGAAGCCUCAAGUUCGUCCAUCAGACCUGCCUGCAGCAAUGGCUCACUGCGUCGGAAACAAGUGCCUGCGAGCUGUGCAAGUUUCCGUUCAUCAUGCACACCAAGAUCAAACCCUUCAACGAGUGGCGCAGCCUGGAGAUGUCCGGUGUGGAACGGCGGCGGCUGUUCUGUGCGGUACUGUUUCACUGCGCCGCGGCCCUCUGUGUGAUAUGGUCCCUCUGUGUGCUGAUCGAACGGGCUGCCGAGGAAGUUCGCCGUGGCCUGAUCGGGUGGCCCUUCUGGACGAAGCUGGUCGUGGUGACGGUGGGCCUGACCGGCGGGGUCGUAUUCAUGUACAUCCAAUGUAAACAGUAUUUGAAUUUGUGCAAUCGCUGGCGCGCUAGGAACCGGAUUCUCCUGAUCCAAAACGCCCCGGAAAAAAUCAUAGUCCGCGCACCGCAGUCGCCUGGCAUGGCGCGGUUUCCACGUGUUCGUACGGCAGCUACGAGCGGUGGAAUGGUCCAUAAUGGUAGUGGUGGGCCAGGAAGCAGUGUCAGCAACAAUUCCGGCAACAACGGUGGCGCACUGCACCGCGGCUACGAUCAACAGCUGAUCGGAUCAAUCGGCGGGGGUCAUGCUUGCGAGUUGCAGAUCAACCAGCAGGGUCAGAUCAUAGCGGCCAAUAUUGAGAACAGCUCGAUCAACUACGAUCGGGACUGGACGUUGGAUGACAUUAGCCAGAUGUCUUUCAAGCCAUGCCCGCAAGGGAGCGGAAGCUUGACUCCGAUGCCUUUUCACGAUUCGGCACAUAAUGUUUGCGAAGGCAGUGGCAGUGGAAGCGGAGUCGUUGUAGCUACCCAUAGGUACUCGGCCAUCUCCGGAUCGUCCAAUACGGUACACGAAGAAGAACAGAUGCAGCAGAAUCCUAGUAUUAAUGAUCAAACUAGUGGUAGUUGUAGUAGUAGCAUUAAGACGGCGGAUUUAAAUUUAUUCAAAGUGCCGAACGCAGAACUGAGUAGUGUUAGCAGCAGUACCGGAGUGCCAUCGGGAGCGAAUACCGGGCGAUACCCAAACUCAGCGAUAUUUCUAGAAAAUCGUGAUAUUUUAAACGAUCCUUCCAGCCACGAACAAGUAGCCGGUAACCAGGUGAAGCUGUACACUCGUCGAUCGACAGUCCUCGGUGCUACUGGUGGCAACAUCCACCCUCACGAAGACCCUCGAACUGACAACCGCAGAUACUCCGAUACCAAACUCCUGCAGCAGCAAAAACUUACAUUCGUUAGCGAACAACCUGUUGAAUACAGUCCUACCAAAGAUCAGCUGUUACUCAAUCCUAAAAGCAUAAUCUACGAUAUGUCUAAUUUCCUUGGUUCAGUUGUUCCACAGGACCUCGAAGAUAGUCCUACAAACUCGCAUCACCAACACCAUCGAACGCAUCAUCACCAUCAUCAUCACGUACUUACGACCGCGGACAGUCCCAGUCAUCGGCUGCAAAUUACUGACAUUCAAUUCGAUAGCAACCGUGACGAAGAGUCGGCUAACCCCCGACCCACGUCGUACGACCCGCUUGAACUCAAUAUCCAAGAAAUGCUCGAACUUGACAUCGCCAACAUACAACGGUUGAGCGAGAAGAAAGACUCUCUCGGUAACAUUUCCCAGCAAUCGUGCUCCCUGUACUAUCAGGACGAUCCAUCCUCACCCUGUCUCGGUACACCCACUGCCACGGUGCGGCCGAUUUGCACCUCAGCCUCAAAUUCACGUCUGCAGCAGCAGCAAGCCAACCAAAAUCAACUCCAAAUGCCUCAACAAGUGCGACCACUAGCGGGGCACCAACAUCAAAAUCAACGACAAAUCGAAGCCAGCAGCAAUCAACAAUUCAACAGUAAUCGACUGAAACUGUUCAAGUCCCUCCCGAAUUUGAGUGCCAGUAGUGAAAACCUACUGCCCCCGCCAAAGCGCUUCGAUUAGACCGAUUAGCCGGUAGGUGCGGUAUGACAUGAUUAUGGUUUGUGUGUCCCCAUGUUAAUCUAACGAUUAGUAGAAGCCAUCUUGUGAUAUAUUUUUUCGUUCCCUCCUAUUCAGACCGAUGGGAAACAUCCGGUCAAUAUGAAACAAAUUAAAAUCGAUUUACUUAACAAUAGUUUUGCUUAAAAAAAACAGUUUACUUACGAUCGAUCUAGUGAGCAGUAGCAUAUUCAAAUUAAACUCUAGAUGAGAACAGGAAACGAGGCAUUUUAGACAGGUUAAAUACCAAGUAAUAGAGAAGAAGAAACUGAUUACUACUUAAAAUAUUAUUUUUCUCCUGUGAAAGGGCAACAGAUAAAGGGCAGAUCUAACGGAAAUCCUCAAUUAAUAGAAACAAACAAAUAGAUACGAACGAGUGUUGUUUAUCUGCGAAGCCAUGUGUGAAUGUGCGAACCACGUGUUAGAAUGAGUGUUUAGGUGAGGAUUUUGUUUUUGCAGCUUUAAGCGAUUAAGUGACUAGACGCGGAGAACGAACGUGAUGAAAUGUAAAACGAUGAACUCAUGACGGACGAGCAUGACGACGUUGAGGUAUUUGUAUAGUUAAGGAAGGAAGCAACGUGUGACUUAUAUUAGAGAAAUUGGAUAGGGUAAGGUGGGGCCACUUGGGUCAUCUGCUUGAUUGAUUUAUUUAUUUCGAUUUUCAACAUCCACAGGCUCAAUGCAGCCGCGCAAUGCUGGUUUGAAAUAGCAAAUCAUCAUGGGGGUUGCAUUGAAUCGGUUGAUUUUGAUAAAGAAAAUAAAUUAAUAAGUGCACUAGCUGACCCAUCUUGCCCUGCCUUACCCUACUACUUGUAAAAUGAUUAAUGCAACGGUGUUACAAUAAUGCAGUUUUUAUUAUUUUCCAUUUGGAAUAUAGAGAGUAUCAAGGAACAUGUGAA